UCUGCCCCUCUGACAGAGAGCAGGAAAACUUUGGGCUGUCAAAAGAUCACAAAGCCCCUCAGAAAGCCCGUCACGUCACUUAUGAGCCCCGUUUGCAGUGUUUCUGCUUUGGAGGACUCGUGUCUGUCUCUCUGUGGAUUUUAUUAAAACCAGGAAAAUGUCAGUGAACCCGAAUUUUGUGAGUCCUUUCCACAGACCCCGCUGUUUAUCUGCCGCUGCCCCCGCGGGGAGCGCCAAACUCACCCACCCUGGAAAAGCUAUUUUAGCCGGUGGCAUUGCUGGAGGCAUUGAAAUCUGCAUCACAUUCCCAACAGAAUAUGUGAAAACUCAGCUACAGUUAGAUGAAAAGGCCAAUCCACCUCGAUACAAAGGAAUCGUCGACUGUGUGCAGCAGACGGUACGGGGUCAUGGGGUGAAAGGGCUGUACAGGGGUCUGAGUUCUCUGCUUUAUGGAUCCAUUCCCAAAGCUGCGGUGAGGUUUGGAAUGUUCGAGUUCCUCAGUAACAAGAUGAGGGAUGAAUCUGGGAAGUUGGACAGCACACGGGGGUUGAUCUGCGGUCUGGGGGCAGGUGUUGCUGAGGCUAUAGUCGUUGUGUGUCCUAUGGAGACUGUAAAGGUGAAAUUUAUCCACGAUCAGACUUCAGCAAACCCAAAGUACAGAGGCUUUUUCCACGGCGUGAGAGAAAUAGUCAGAACACAAGGACUCAAGGGAACAUAUCAAGGUUUGACAGCUACUGUACUGAAGCAAGGCUCCAACCAGGCCAUUAGAUUCUAUGUAAUGACCGCUUUGAGAAACUGGUACAAAGGUGAUAAUCCAAAUAAGACGAUUAACCCUCUCGUAACGGGAGCGUUCGGAGCCAUUGCGGGUGCAGCGAGUGUGUUUGGAAAUACGCCGCUGGAUGUGAUCAAAACUAGAAUGCAGGGAUUAGAAGCUCACAAGUAUAAAAGCACUGUUGACUGUGCCAUCAAGAUCAUGAAACACGAGGGACCAGCCGCAUUCUACAAAGGCACAGUGCCCAGAUUAGGCCGAGUGUGUAUGGACGUGGCUAUAGUGUUCAUAAUCUAUGAAGAGGUGGUUACAUUUCUCAACAAGGUUUGGAAGACAGAUUAAUGAUGUUGAUUAAACCUAGUGAUGGGCGGAGUCUGACCCUCAUGACAUCACGCUGGUGCGACGACUGGGAACAUUUACACAGGGUCCAAAAUAUCUGCCUACAGCAGACCUACAAGUCACUGGAAUGUAUUUAAUUUGUUUAGAGAAAAAUUACCCCAACUAAUGUGAGAAGACAUCAAUUACUUGAACAUUAGAUUAAUAGGAUUUUUUACCCCAAGGACCAAUUUUAAUCAUUUGUUUUUUUGAAUAGAAUAAGCUUUUAUGGAGAGCUAAAUCUUUGGGGAGACGGACUUCACUCUAAUGUUUUUUUACAAAGCAUUUUGUUAGUGUCAUAGAAAUAUUCUUCCUAGUUUUAAUAAUGUUAUUUUUCCAAAGUGCAAUUUACCAGCAAAUAUUUCUCAUGUUUUUCAUUGUUAAUGUUCUUAUUUUAGUUUCCUUACAUGUGGUCAUAUACUGAGUUCUCAGGGGGGUAAAAACACAGUAAAAUUAGGAAACAGAAAAAUAACCAAACCUUUUCAUCCUCAGAUCAACAUGUGUUUUAUACCCAGUAGAGGUACAUUUAAUACAUGCACUUUGACAUUUGGUAGUAAUCCGGGUUUAAUUAUUAUUUUAAGUGCCUACAGUAUAUUAAUAUACUUUUUUGUUAAUUAUGCUUGUUUACAUUAAGUCAUUGCCAUAAAUUGCAUUUAAUUUCUCCCUGCUGUAACACAACUUCAUGAUAACACUGAAAAAUCAUUUUGUCAGAUCUGUUGCUCUGAUUCGGACUGAAUUUAAAUCCAUCUGUAAUGAAUACCACACAGCAUGCUGUGCAUAUCCACUCAAACAGUACAGAAACUAAACAGUGUGCUUUCAUCGUAAGGUUCUGUACCGUCACCAAAGAGCCAGGUUACUCAAAUAUGAUGUUUACGUAUUAGCUUUAGCUAAGUGCAGUUAAUGAUGUUAAAGCUCAACACAUGUGGGAGUCUCUUAAAUGCUGAUCUUUGAUCACUACAUGCCUUAAACAUGAUUCACAUUCUUCUAUGUUCCACAGUUUUUCUGCUUUCCUACCUCAAGAUGUUGUCAAAAAUCUAAAAACUAUAGAACUUGCAGUGUAUAGCGGGUGACAUUUUAAAAAGUGAAUGUCCUCUUUUAACAUUUUGUCAGUUGUUAACAUUUCAUAUUAUAUAUACCAGACCAGAGAACUAGAAUGACUUUUUUAGAGAUAUACAGUUUUAGAGUAUAAAAGUACCCAGGUCAGGGUAUAUACGGCUAAUAUUGAGUGCUGUUUACCUUCACAUCAUCACGUGGGAAUAUAGGAGUAUAACAGUCUUCAUGUUAUAAAACAACUGUGCCUGUGGUUAUUCAUGUAGUUGAAAGUUACAGCUUCUUAAAAGGAUCCCUUAAGGUUAUGUUCACAAUGUGGUAGCCAAAUCAGAUGUGAUAUUUGUGUGUGCUUUUGUAGAUGGGUGACAUGGCUGACCCACGUUGGGGCUGAAAACGGCAUCAGAAAUAAAGAUAGGAUUUUAUUUUGUUUGUGUGAGAGACAUCAGAGUGCAUAUACAAGAAAUGUAAAUCUGAGGACAGUUCUAAUGUUAAAGCAUAAUGUGCCUUCAGCUUGUGUUCUUGCUUAGAAUAAAUUGUGCUAACUGUAAAA